UCCAUUCCUCUUCUUCUUCUAAAACUGAUGGGAUGGUCUAUUAUUAAGAGUCGUAUCCUCACCCCCACCUCGCCUCCUCCUUCCUCAUCUCUUCUUAGAUCUCGCAUUCUCUACGGCUCCAGGCAAAAUCGAUCCCCGGUCGCCCCCCUACAUGGGUGGAUCGGCGGCAACUGCAGGCUGGAGGCGAUUGUGUUCUCUGCGGCUCCAUGGUGGCUUCUGAUUCGAUUGAUCCCCUGUCAUCUUCCUUGGGAGGAUUUGGCAGCAACUGCGGGCUGGGGGUCAUCCUCUUCGUCUCCGCCUGGAUCACGCUCGCGGGCUCGCGCCCCUCAACAUAGCUGGUGCGGCCAGCUCCCAACAGAGGUAAGAAAUCGGACGGCGGCACCGCACAAUGACACAAAUGCAUAAAAAAGUGAUGACGCCAAUUGAAUCGCUGGCUUCGCCUUUAAAUAACAGCCUCGACUACCAUCAUCCGGAGCAACUUCCCGAUUCGCCGCAAGCUACUCACAAAUUUGCUACAAAUAGUGAGGGCUAUUUGUGUUUCAUCCUGCAUAGUACGUUUAGGGCAGCAAUGGCACAUCAUUCCUACCAUUCCAUGCAAUUCAUUGGCUCGAACAAAUCAUCUAAUACUCGGUUUGAGGUACUGGAAUUAUGCACAUACAAAUCAGCCACAUCCGCUUGCUGCAGAGUUAUUCGGUGGUAUCUUGAUCAUUCCACACGAGACACGCCCUGCUGCCACGCUCGCUCACCUGAUUCGGAGCAGCAAUUUACUGCAGCUAGCACAUGUAAGCAUGCCCACGCAUCCAUAUGCACCCUAUUUUCUGACUCUCUGAGUUAUGGUGGAGCUUAGCUAUUAUAUGAGAUCAAAGGGAAUUCACUCCGGUGAUGGAUACAAAGAUCAUUUGCAAGAGUUGGAUGUUUUAUGUGUUGUUAAAGUUACAGGAGAUUGAAAAUCAUGGCUUGGCGUUGGUGGUCAUAGUCUAUGGCUCUCAAUUUUGUCCUCCUUCACAGGUUUAGUCUUACUAGCUUUCAGUGGUUCACUUUUGCCAUUCAAAAUAUAACCGUCAGGUAUGUUCAAAGAGCAACAUUCAGUGUUUCAUACACAGGGUCCGAUAGAUAGUGCUGCAUUCCAGUCCUUGGCCGUGGAGUUUCAUUCUUGCACAUGUAGUUUUUUUUUGAGUUCAUUCUUACAUAUGUAUUGUGUUCUUAGCACCAAUAUUUUUCGACAUCAUCAAAUCUUAUUUUGUGGACACUUGCUACAGUAUAUGGUACACUGAGUUUGUCCAGUAUCUUAUUUUCUUCUUCUGAUUUUCUAUAUGACAACAUAGUCAUCAUAGUGGUUCCGCAGCAACACGUGGGGAAUCCUUUAGUUCACUAUGUGUUAAUGCUUUGGUCUGGUACUCUAUUAAAAGGAGGCCUUAAUAUCCCUUAGUUUCCAUUAGGACCCCACUGCCACGGGAGGGUAGGACAAAAGAUGUCAUGCAAGUUAUAUGACUAUAUUCGGAAUACAUGCCUACAUUACAUUGAUGAAUUGGAGUUAGUUCCGUGUCACCCUAUGUUAUGACUAUUACAUGAUGAACCACAUCCGGCAUAAUU